AUGUGUCCGGGAUGUGAGAGGGAGAAGCCCGGGAUCAUGUCAGCGGCGGCGGCCUCUCCCUCCCGUGUGUCCGCAUCAUGAUGAACGCGGUCGGGGCGCUCGCCCGCAGGAUGCCGUCCGCGGCCGGGCGCAGCGGCUGCUGGAUCGCGUGGUGCCAGGCGGUGCUGCUCGGCGCGUCGGCGCUGGUGAUCGUGGCCGAACGCAGCGCUCUGAUCUACUGUAUAGGGUUUUACCUUUGGAAUGAGGAGACCCAGUGGGCGGGCCUCACUCUCGGCCUCUUUCUGCCGGGUACGGCCGUGCAGCUGCUCAGUAUGAAGUGGUACCACGACGAUGGAGAUGACCGGCGGUGCCACCUCUCCCUCAUGCACAUUCUGCACUUGGGCAUCUUCAGGAGGUUAUGGGACUGCAUGAGGUGUGUGUUGCACACUCAGGGCUCAGUGGCAGAUCUGGGAGCUGCCGUCAUGCAGCAGGCGGACGUGGCUGCCCUGUGGCUGCUGGAGGCCCUCGUCCUCACGCUGCCUCAGACCCUGCUGCAGGCGUAUGUCGUGGUGUCCACCGAUGUGGGCUUCGAGUCACCAGUGGGUUACUGCUGUGGACUGUGUGUGCUGUCCAUCUCCUGGGCCCUGGUGCUGUUCAGCAGAGCCUGCUGUCUGAUCCGGCCGGGCCACCUGGCCAUGCCUCCGGCGGCCCUGCUGUGCCAGCUGGUGUGGAGGGCAGGCAUGCUGGGUGCCCGGGUGACUUGUCUCAUGUUCUUUGCCAGGGUCUUUAACUGGUGGGUCCUAGGAGUAGCAGGUUUCCACUGGCUCACGGCGUCCUUCUGGCUGGUCUCACAGCAGCCCGACAUCUGCACCGGCCCGUGGUGUUGGCCCGCCUUCAACGCCGUCAUGGGGCUCGUCCACGUCUUCCUCUUCCUCAACGUCAAGGACGGACCCUCGCGCUACCGCAUGGCCAGCUUUUAUACAUUCAUGCUCGUGGAGAACGCCACUCUGCUGCUGGCCGCCUCCGACUUCCUCAGCGAAGCCUCGUGGGACAGCGUGACCCUUCCCACCACGGUGCUGGGCAGCUUUCUCCUCGGUGCCGCCUCUCUCGUCCUCUACUACCGCUUCCUCCAUCCCAAGUCAACAGAGAUCUCCCAGGGCACGAACCACAACCACAUGGGCAGCACGUGUAUAGAACAGGGGGAGUCCUCCUUCUCUCUCGGGGACAAAAGCCUGCCAGCUGCCUCCAAUCAAAACCACGGCAGCUUCUCCCUCUCGGGCGUGGCUGGUACUCUGCUGGAGCACCCGGGAACCUGUGGCGGCCAGCCGAACAGCUCCUGCCCGUGCUACCACCACCACUGGCUCUUGAUCCGACUCGCCCUCAAGACGGGAGACAUGGGGAAGAUCAACAGGGCGUACGGGGCCGGCGGAGCGGCGACCAUGCUGGACUUGGAGGAGUACAACCAGGGGUUCAAGAGCAACGAGGGCAUCACCAUCACAGCAGGGGGCAGCUGCGAGGGCGUCUCCACCUCCGAGUCUCAGGGGAAAGGCCUGGCGCCGCUCUCGGACUGCAAGGACGAGUUCCAGAGCAUGAGCGAGCCCUCAUCCAUCGAUCAACCCGAGGAAGAGUUCGACAGCCUGGAGAUGGAGAGCCCGAUGGAGUCGCCCUCGUCCGACUAUAAACGCAGCUCGCCAGAGGGCAAAUCUGUGUUUGGAGACAGCCCGGAGCCAUAUUUCUGCCCCACGGAGUCCAGCUCCACCCUGUACUUCAGUGCAGACCCUCAGUCCCCCAGCAGCGGCAGUAACCCCCGCUUGGACCGGGACACGGGAGGUCGGGAACAUGGCGUUCGCCUCAACUCCAUCCCCAGCGACCCAGCCCUUCACAGAGACGUGCGCGGGCUCAUGGGCCGGGUCGGGCCGCGCUGCACUUCCACUCCCAAACUGGACUCGGGAGUGCCGGACUCUCCCUCCGGUGUCCCCCACCUCACGGGUCCGAGGAGGCAGCUGAUCAUGUCCAGGAGGGACGAGGACGAAACCUUCUAGAAUCAGGGAACAGCAACUCAAUCCUUUUUUUGGAAGGCUGCUUUUUCAUCUUCCUAGUGUUGUAGAGUGAAAAGGCUGGCAACAUUUCACCUCUGUAUGCCUAUAUCUUUAGUACACUGUGGGCUCGGUAUAUGCAAUAACAACUUUUGGGAUAACGCUAAGCUAGCCCGCACUUGUGAACUGUUAAACUAUUUUCUAAAAGCAUUGCUUUGCCCAAAUUGCCGGACGCACAGCGGUGAGACCAUCGGCAGCGUUUUCCUCCAACAUUGAGGAGACAACCCGAGAGCUGAUUGGCCUCAUGGGUGGUGUAUACAUGGGUGGUGUAUACAUGGGUGGUGUAUAGAGCUCAGACACUGUUUAUAUGACGUGAAGUAACGUUUUAUUCAUUCAGCCAUAGCAGCAGUAAAUGUAAAGCUCCACAAAAAGUGUUACCGUGCAGCAGAGGGAGCACUGGUUCUGCCAGGUUGUAAUUAUUAAGCCAUGGGUUAUAUCAACGGCAUUAGAAAGAUGCAGCUGCUUUAUGAUCUCAGGCAGCUGAUGGUCUUUACAGUACACACAGAAAGCUGCUGUUUAAUCCCAGUUAAUAACCAGCAGUUACCAGAGAAGUUAUUCCUCCAUCAAAAGGGGGCGAGGGGUAUCUGACCUUUUGAAUAUUACCCAUCUCAGCAUCGGCCAGAGUUCUGUCGGCUUAUUAAAAGCACAAGUAUCUUCAGUAUCAUAUGUCUAUUGAUGUGAAUUCCAUGUUAUUCCCCCCCCAAAAAGAAAAUAUACUGUGUUUUUUUUGUAUAGUCGUGUUGACUGGCAUUGUUUUGAGCAGGGCUAGUACCUGAAAGAACUGUGUCUUGAUGUUUUAACUUCAUUUACAUGUUGACCGUGUAUUUGCUGAAUUGUUUUGGGGGAUUUUGCUUUAUGUUGUGGGCUGGGGGGGGGGGGGGGGGGGAGUAAAAAUGUCUCAGGCAUUAACUUUAAAUUCAAACGUACAUUGAGUGAUAACAUUAUGUAAAAUAGAUGCUUAUGAGGCACCUGUAGUGACUUUUUUUUUUUAUGUGGACGCUAUUUCCAGGGGACGAAUGCAUUUGUGCUCAUUGCUGUUAAAAAGGGAUGAAAUCCACCGUGCAGUUAAAUGAUGCUGGGUGUUUCUUCUUGUGCCCGUGUGACUGCCGACAUGACAUUUUGAACUGUGAAGUGCAAAGGCCACUGGUGGCUUUAAAUAAGCAAUAAAUAACCUAUGUAGUGGGAUGACUGGAAUACAAGUGUUUUGUUAUUAUAAGUUAUGUUAUUGUUUGGUUGAUAUUUAACUCAAUUCAAAUGAAUUCAACUCAAUUUUUUAAAUAAAUUCAACUCAACUUUUCAAAUAAAUUUAAUUCAGUGAUCGGGCCCUAAUAAUACAAAAAAACUCAUCUACUCUCAGUGAGUAACAUCAAAAUAGAUCUUGAAAAUAAAAACAGGACUGAAAUAUUAAAAAUUAUAAUACAAGGAAAACACAGGUAGAGAAAGAAAAUUAAAAAUAGAUUUUCAGACAGAAGUAUAUAAAUAUUCUUGGUAUAUGGAGCUUUUGACAAUCAAAACACAGAAACUUUACUGGAUGGAUUGCUUGUGUCUCUCUCUCUCUCUCUCUCUGUUUUAAAGUGAAAUCACAGAUUAUUCGAUGAUACCUUGACCGCGCAGCGACCGUCAGUCGCACUAACUCAAGUUCUAUGUGAGCAUCUGAUUAUCAGCAUUCACAGAUGAGACUGAAAUAGCAACAUCGUGACCGCCGUCACGUUGAGUGAACGUGGGAUGGGCAGAGGCUGUGUGGUCCAGACAGGAGCCAGGCUUCACAUCUUAUCUCCAGCCUGCACGUUCAAACAUCCUGGAGGCUCACAGAACAACCAAGAAACAUAAAAAGGACGGUUUCCUCUUAACGCCGGCCUCCUCCGAGCAACUUCUGUUUUGUGAAGAUACUGGAGGGUGGUGGUGAGGUCAUCCUUCACACUCCUUAUCUUCACACACAUUUAAAGGAUCUCUGUUUUGCUGAAGUCUGACUUGAGCACCGGGGUGUCUGAGGGCCUGCUACAGAAGAAUGAUGGAGACAGGCCAAAAGCCAGACCCGGAGGAGCAGGUCCCGGACAACAAGGUGGUUGGGAGUGUGGACUUGUCCGGGUUCGAGGUGACCGCCGAGCGCCUGGAGCAGCUGAUGAAGGGCAUGGAGGUGCUGCUGUCGGACGUGGAGCAGCUGCGGGGCGAGUGCAGCCACCAGGCCACCGAGCUGAUUCGAUCGGCUGUGGACCUGAGGCAGCAGCAGGAGGAGCUGAAGGAGAGCUACUCCCAGCUGUCCCGGGAAAUGCAGGAGAUCACGGACACAAUGGAAAACCUGUUCAAAACCGAGAGCACCUCUGAAGCAGAGGAGAAGCAAGCAGAGGAGAAGCAGACAGAGGAGCUGAACCAGCAGCUCUGGGGGACAGGGGCGGACUGACAGACUUAUUGAUGGGGGGGUGGUUUCCGAACGGGGUGUGUGCGUGAACAUUUGGAAGGAGUGAGUUUCGGAGGUGGUGUGUUACCCAGAGGUUUUCAUGGAUUUGAAUGAGACUUUUUAAUGGAAUUAUAUAAACGGUAGAAAUGCACGAGUCUGUAUUACUUUGCCUAAUAGUAGUAAUUUAACACAAUACAACACCUCUUUAAAAACAAUAUUAAUAAUAUUAUGUCAAGUCAUGAUAAAAUAAAUAAAUAUGUUAAGAUAUAUUUCAAGUUAAAUGUUUGAUAAGUUGAUUGUAUUUAUUUUUUCAGUAGUUAAAAGUGAAUUAAAAGAUAAAUAUUGGGUUCAAAAACCCAUCAAAACCAGUUAAAAAAAAAACAGAUUGAAGCAUGUUACAACUGGUCAGAAUCCACCUUUUUAUUGGAUAAAGUUAAAUCUUCCCCUUUUGGCAUUGGUUUAAUAAAACUAAAACUUUAUGAGCUUAAGAAAGGUUUGAUUUGUUGCAUUGCUUUCAAACUAGAUGACUGUGCAGUUGUCUGUAACACAGGGUGAUGAGGAGACUGUGUAAACUUUGUGUCAACAAAUCC